CACCAUCACCAUCACCUACCCACCUCGCGUAGUGGUAAGAGACCACACAUGGCCGACGUGCCUCCAUCCCCUCCUCCGCAUCAUGGCCCUCCCAGCGUGGUCGGCCAGGAGGGAAUGCCUGCGCCUGCUCCCCGCCCCCGCGGUCCCAAGCUCAAAUUCACGCCCGAGGACGAUGGUCUGCUGGUAGAUCUCAAGGAGAAGAAGAACCUGACCUGGAAGCAAAUCGCGGACUUCUUCCCGGGUCGCAGUUCCGGCACGCUGCAGGUUCGCUAUUGCACGAAGCUAAAGGCGAAGACUACUGUCUGGACGGAUGACAUGGUCGUGAAGCUUCGCAACGCCAUGCAGGAGUACGAGAACGAUCGAUGGCGCAUCAUUUCCUCGAAGGUCGGCAGUGGCUUUACCCCGGUCGCGUGCAGAGACAAGGCGCAGGAGCUCGAG